AUGAUGGAAUACUCUCCAAUGAUUCAGAUCACUUUAACACUGACAUACUAUCUGAGAAGGGCAAAGGUUGUGUGCACAUUGUGUAAGGGCCGCCGAUGGCACGUGGAGGAGGCUGGCUGGCUCCUUGCCAUCCCCUUCUCCUCCCUGCAGCCCUGCCAGCCCCUCGACUGCCACAGCCAGGACGUCUUGGACAAGCUCACGCUGUGCGGGCUGCUGGAAGCUGAAGAGGAGGGCGAGCACUAUCUCUGCGAUGUGCCCUCAUGGCGACUCAGCAGGACAGAGCACUGGAGCAACCUGGACUUCAGCGACAGCGACAGUGACAGUGAUGACUGCCACCACAAACGCUGCUUCAGGAUCCGUGAGCCCAAAGACUCACCAGGCUUGCUCCUCUUCUUCUGUCACCUCCUCAAGCCUGUGCUGGUGACCUAUGUGCGAGCGGUGGCUUUCCUGGAGCAACACAGCUGGCCCCAGCCUGAAGCAACAUGUGCAGGCGCACUGCAGCAGUUCCUGGCGGAGGAGGAUGGUCUGGAGUGCCCCAUGUGGAACCUGGCGCUGAGCACGCUGCAGAGCUUCAAGAACAUAGGGGUGCUGGAGGAGACGCCGAGCCCCUCGGGGCCCCUUCUGCACCUCGCACAGCCUUUCUGCUCCAGCGAGGGCCGGGGAAAGCUGCGAGCCUUCCUUGAGCAGUUCAUGCAGCUGUAGCCACCCAUCCUGGAGAGCAAUAAACCCGGCACAGAGGGAGCAGCAGCCAUCUCCUGGUGUAGAUUUAUUGAGCGCCGUCAUGGCAAGGCACGGGAGGUCUGAGGUGGGGGCUCGGUCC